AUGGGCAGUGAGACGGGAGGCGAGCAGGAGCUGUGCCCGCUGGGCCCGGGCGUGCUGGCCGCGGUCAGCUCAGCCUGGGCCCUGCGCCCAGCCCCGUACUACUGCUGCAAGAGGGACGAGCCUGAGGAGGACGAGGAGGAGCCGGACUUCGCCGUGCACUCGCACCUGCCGCCGCUGCACUCCAACCGCAACCUGGUGCUGACCAACGGGCCUGCGCUCUUCCCCGCCGCCUCCUUCAGCCCCCCCACGCCGCAGGCCCGCGCCCUCUGCCGCAGCUGCUCCCACUACGAGCCGCCCAGCUUCUUCCUGCAGGGGCCCGAGGACGAGGGCGUGCGCAACGGCGGGGAGCGGGUGGCCUGCAGGAGCGCCAGCCAGGAGGACCUGGCGCUGCCGCCCGGGGCCGGGGGCCUGCAGCCGCUGAACCCCGACCGCCUCUCGGCCUUGCGGGGGGCCUUUUCGCGGAGCCGCAGCAUCAGCACCGACGUCUGA